CACAAUAAUUAUUAUCCUAUGUAUUAAACAAUAACAGUUUAUCAUGAUCUAAGUUAUGUCUCUUCAAAACCCAUAUAAAAAAAAUUAGGAUUAGGACACCAAUCAAUAUCUCCUUCCUCUCAAAGAACUAGCAAAAAAAAAAAGUUGACAAAAUAAUCUUCUCCUACACAAAAAAAAAAAAAUGGUGGCAAAACCAUCACAUAUAACCAUCAUAAUUGUGUCACUCCUCCUCUUCUCCACCACCUUCGACUUCGCCGCGGCCGGUGGUGGCCAUAGCCACGGCAAAGAGACGAAGGAGUGCAAAUGCAUAAGAGAAGAGAAAGAUGAACAUGAGGGGCAUGCACAUGAAGAAGAAGAAGAAGAAGUCAUUGAUAAGCGCGUAUUAAAAUACAAAGUUGGAGCAAUUUUUGCUAUCUUAGGCGCUGGUGGAGCGGGAGUUUUCCUCCCUAUACUAGGGAAGAACGUCGCCGCGCUCCGCCCCGAGCGCGGCGCGUUCUUCCUUGUUAAGGCGUUUGCCGCGGGGGUUAUUUUAUGUACUGCAUUCAUUCAUAUUUUACCUGAGGCCUUUGAAAAUUUAACCAACCCAUGUCUUGGUGAAGAUUCUACUAUUGGAAGUUUUCCCUUCACUGGCUUAUUUGCUAUGCUUGGAGCUCUUGUAACUUUGUUGAUGGACUCUCUUGCAACUCGCCACUUUCGUAAGGGUGACGACGAGGCCAAGGAUGUUCACCACCAUGUUCAUGGUUCUGGUAGCCACGUUCCUGAGGGUCUAGACAAGGUGGACCUUAUCAGAUAUAGGGUUACUUCACAGGUACUGGAGAUGGGUAUUGCAGUUCAUUCAGUAAUUAUAGGAAUAACAGUUGGUACUGCUGAGAGCCUUGAUGUUAUAAAGCCACUCAUGAUAGCUUUGUGUUUUCAUCAAUUCUUUGAGGGUGUUGGUCUUGGUGGAUGCCUUGUACAGGCAGCUUUCAAGUCAGUAUCAACAUUAUUUAUGGCACUGUUUUUUUCCAUCACUACUCCUGUGGGAAUCGCAAUUGGUAUUGCAAUAGCUAAUACUUAUGAUGGUACUAGUCCAACUGGCCUAAUUGUUCGAGGAGUAAUGGAUUCAUUUGCAGCAGGAAUCUUGAUUUACAUGGCACUUGUUGAUCUUCUUGCUCAAGAUUUUAUGAACGCUAAGUUGCAGAAAAAUGGCAGGAUUUUCUUUGGAGCCAAUAUUACCUUGUGUCUUGGUGUUGGUUUCAUGGCUGUCUUAGCUAUGUGGGCUUGAUUUUUCUUAGCUUUGAGUUUUAAGCUUUUAUUGUGAUGUGAUUUUGUGUUGAUUUUUUUUUGUUUAGGGUGAUGAAAUAUAUGUUUGUAAGUAUUAUUUCUAUAUACAAUUGAUUAUUAUUAUUAUUUGUGUGCACCUUUAAACAAAGGGUAGCAUUUUACAUGAAGUGAAUCACUUCUAUAAAAGUGAAAAUUACUUGUUUAGAAUAUAUAAAAGUGUUUUCCCGUUUGACGUUUAACUUUAUCACUUCUAUAUAAGUGAAAGAAGUGAUCCUUUUAAAGCAAAAGGUUGCCUUCUAUCGUACAAUAAUUUAUUAUAUACUUGUUUCAUUUAAGAAGGUUGGGGUUCAGAAAAGUAUGGUUGGAGGGUGAUGCACUCACUAUUACUUCGG